AUGGUUUCAUGCCCAAUAUGCGGCCAGACAGUUGCCAGAGAGGAUAAGAAAACUGAUGUGAACUAUCUCUACAUGUCAAGCUAUAUGCUACAUGGCAAAUGCCUUAUUGCAGACGAAGGAAGAUUAGCUUCUCAGAAACCAACUGCCUCCGACGCCACAUCACAGCUCCUCAUGACCGCCAUCCAAGACCUAACGGCGGAGAUAAAAGGAUUAAAAUUCACCCUAGAUGCUAAUGCCAACGAGGUAAAGGAGUUAAAGAUAACGCUGGAGAAGGAGACCGCUAUAACACACGAAAACGCGGAAAAAUUAAAUGUAAUAGAGAUCCUUCUGGAUAUCCAAACUUCGAAAUUGGAAGGACUAAAGAUGGAAAAUGCGACACUCAGGUCCGGGUUGUCGGAGCUUGAAACUAGACUCAACAGGACUGAACAAAUGCACCUAUCCAGGUCGAUUGAAAUAAGGGGUGUUCGGUGA